AUGGGAUCACGUCUAUACACGAAUGAUCUAAAUGAGACAUUCCAGUCGGCCUACAAGAGGUAUCAUAGCUGUGAAACGGCAUUUAUUCGACUUCAGAAUGACAUCUUGAAAGCCAUUGACAACAAUAAUUGUGUGAUUCUUCUAUUAUUGGAUUUAUCAGCUGCAUUUGACACUGUAGAUCACGAGAUUUUGUUAUAUAGACUGCAGUCAAAAUUUGGUAUCAAAGGAAAAGCGCAAGCAUGGUUUCGCUCGCAUCUUACAGACCGCACACAUUUUGUUGAUAUAGAUGGAAGCAGUUCAUCAGUUUAUUCAGUCAGUUGUGGAGCGCCACAAGCGUCGGUGUUGGAACCAUUAUUAUAUUUACUAUAUACGUCUCCAUUGGGAAAUCUAAUGCGGAAACAUGACAUAUCGUUUAAACUAUAUAUGCUGAUGACAAUCAAAUAUAUGCUACCUUUAGUUUCGAUAAUGAUGUUGAACUAUCGUCGGCGACUUGUCGGGUUGAAAGUUGUCUUUAUGAUAUUACCAACUGGAUUGAUGUCUGCAAAUAAGUUAAAACUCAAUACUGGCAAGACAGAACUCCUUGUUCUUCACUCUAAAUUCCGACAGAUGUCAUUGGCACCUUCCAUAACAGUUAAAUCUGACACUAUUUGA